AGAUCACUUUCAGUUUCAUUUCGCGCGGUACGCGUAGUGGGUCACUUGAAUGGCACAAAACUAUCCGCACACGACGUGAGUACCGAUUAUAAAGUUUACCGAAUUAAGAUGACAUCGUUUGGUCCGCUAGAGAUGGGAUUUUAGAAGAAUGCAUUAAAAUAUGUUCGAUUUCUGAGGCAGGAGACGUUCUGAAGACAAAAUAGUACUAAUUUUUAGUUCAUUUGAUUAAGUAGAGUGUGUUUGGUACAGUAAAAUUUGAAUUUUAAAAGAAACAAUCAGGUUAAGUACGAUAUUCGAUGCAGUGGAUAUUCUGGAGACGAAGUAGUACUAAUUUUAAGUCUACUGGAUGAAGUAAAGUCUAUUUAGCCCAGUAGUAAUAGAAUUUUAGAAGAAGCAAUGAAACUAUUAAAAUAAUUUGGAUAUAUGUAUACACCUGACUCUCCUAAAACGUCGUGAGAACAGUUAUUAACUUCACUGGACAAAGAAGAUAUGAUUCAGUCCAUUUUGGAUGUAGGAGAGAUUUUGGAGACAAAAUAGAGAUGGUUUUAAGUUCACUAGAAGACGUAGAGUGUAUUUGGUCCAGUAGAAACUGAAACUUAAAAGAAGCAAUCAAAGAAAGUCCGAUAUUUGAUGACUCUGAAGGCAAAAUAGAACCAAAUUUAGGUUCACUGGAUGAAGAUGGUUCUAUAUGGGCUAGUAGAAAUUGAACUUUCAAAGAUUUAUUCAAAAUAAGUCAGUUUUUUUAUUUAUUAGUGUUUCUGUAUAAAAACAGUAUUGAUUUGAAUAUUACUGGAGGAAGAAGAGUACAUUUGGUCCAGAAGAAAUUGAAUUUUAAAAGAAAUAAUUAAGUUAUAUAGUUAAUCAAUAACUUUAAGUUAACUGGAAGAAACAAACUGUAUUUAGUCCAGUAGAAAUACAAUUUUAAAAGAAGAACUCAAAAUAAGGCAGAUUUUUGAUGCAAGAGAGCUUCUAGAGACAAAAUAAUACUGAUUUUAUGUUCACUAAAGGAAGUAUGCUGUAUUCAUACCAGCAAAACUGAAUUCUUGGAGAAACAAUCAAAAUAACUUGAUAUCUAAUGCAUAUGAGAGGCUCUAAAGAUUAUAAUUGGAUAAUUUUAAUUUCACUGAAUCAAGAAGAGUGUAAAAUCGUUCAAUAGAAAUAAGUUGUUGGUACCAAUUCUAUAUGCUCACUGAAAGAAGAAGACUUUAAAAUUGGGUUGAAGUGAAGAACACAAGCUGUAAAACCUACAUAGAAUUGUUGUUUUUGUAAUACACUUAAAAUUGGGUUCAAGAUUAAUUUGUUGUUUAUGUUUCAAAGUUUUUUCUGUCAAAAUUUCUUGCGACGUGGUGUUUAGUGAUCUUGUUGACAUUUUUCUAGCGGUAAACUAGCUGAAAUAUAUUCAAGAAGGAUACUAGUGAACAUGUGAGUUCUGAGCAAAUUUGAAGAUAAGUGUCAAAGAAUGUCUCUGCGACCUUGGAAGGCGAGGAGAUGACUCGAUGGUCGGGGGAACCCCCCAGGAAGCCUCCUCCGGGACCCCCCGACCCUGGAAGAGUCACCGAUGAUCCCCUGGCAGCCCUAGGACUCACUGGACGACAAAAGAGCGACCUUCAGGUCUACGCAGUGAGCAGGGUAAAUCCUCUGUUUAACUUGACCACGCCCUCGUUUCUCUCUUCUAAGCCACGUCCUACACCCCCAGGAUGCGAAAACCCCUCCCCAGAUCACGCCCCCUUGUCGUCAGCCACGAGCUAUGCCGAAUACGUUCGGGAAAAGUCGCCAGAAAUCGAUUAUCACGAUGAUGCACGAACCAAGAGUAACCUUCGCCAUAACUCUGUUAGUUCCGGUUACAGCGGAAGCAGCAGUUCUGAAAAUGGAUUUGGUACUAGUCUGAGACCUGUAGAUGACUCUGGAGGAGUCGUGGAACAGAACGGAAGUUUCGUUAAAUCGAUAAGGCUUGCAGGAAGAGGUCUUCGAACAAGCAAAACAGCCUCAUCUUCACAACAUUCGACUACUUCCGGUGCAGGAACCCUCACUACCAUCCCAGAAGGCCAGGUUGAUACCCCUAUACCCCUCCCGGUGUGGCCUGGAAGUUCCUCCAACUCCUAUCGACCAGAAUCUCUAGCUGAUGUGACUCUAAGGGACCUUCUAGUUGAUCUACUGACCAGUAUAGGCGAAGCACGAACUCCCGAGGAUGCUCUGAGGCAGAUAGAUGAGAAAAUACGCAGACAACUUGACGAGCUGCGCAGUGUGACUGAGGAGGAUAUGCGCAGACUGUGCGUGAGCUUGAGCAGGGGCAGGCAAGUGAAUUCUGUGCUGAGGGCUUUGCGAAGGAGUCCUUCAAGUGAUUUGUCGACGUCUUCGGGUAGGGUAAGGACUUGUAGUGGACAGGAGGAGGAAUUGUAUCAUAUAGCAUCUGGUUCAUCGAGUAGCGGGUUCAGUGAUUCAUCACCCCCGGGAAGAAGAAGGCCUUCCACACCACUGUUGCCUCAGUUUUAUGCUAGGAAACCAUCAAUCUUACUGAAUCCUCUCGCAUGUGACGACACCUCUACAGUUUCCAGAGGCAUUAGAAAUGCUCUAAUCUACGGAACCCUCUGUAGACAGAAGACUUCACCUCUAAAAGCACGUUCUACUGUGGGUUCUGAAGAACUGGAAGUCUCCAGAUUGGAGAAUAAAAUUGGCUGUGAUAGACACGGGUUGUUGGGUGACUUGACACCCAAAUUAGGCGACUUGGGAGGUGUAGGUGAUGAGAAACCUAGCGUUUGGGAGUUGUACUACGGAGUCAGAGCUGAAGGGUGUACUAAGUAUGGGCAGGGAAAACCUACUGAUGUUCCCGUGUUUCCUGGUGGUCGACCUGAAGCUGACUUCACACUGGACGUUCCACGUUCAGAAUUGCUGUCAAAACGAUUGAAAGACGAUAAGAAAUGGCGUUUUAGGUGUAGACUGUUGACGUCAUUUCUAGGCCUAGUCUUUUUCCUGCUGUCCGUCAUGGCUGUCAGUCUAAUGUUGACAAGGGGCAAAAGAAUGUUUGGUAGCAUGGUGUAACAAAAAAAAAACAUUUUUUUUAAUUCUUUUAGUUAAUGAAUACCCACUAAACGUUAUCUGCGUUUUUUUUAUUUAAAAUAAGUGCCAGAAUCUUGUUUUCUAUCUCUUCUAGUAAAAAAAUCAUGCUUUUGUACAUUCAAAAAUAUGCUUUAUAUUUUAAACGAUGAUUUUUUGAGAUAUUAUGUAUGAAUAAAGAAAUAUAAUUCUACUUAUAUUUGCUCAAUUCUUUUGAAAUAUCUUUCGUAAAAAUAAACUGUUUAGUUUUAUUAUUUUAGUUCAAGCUUUAUUAUGUCUAUAUAUUGCUACAGUAAAAAAAAGACGAGAUUUUUUAGAGUAAUACAUAUACAUACUGCAAUUUUUAAUUUUAAUAUUUGACAAAA